AAAAAAUGAGAAGUGGUUCAAGUUGGUGGAAUGGUUAUGAAGGACAAGAUAUUUUAUUUUUAGACGAAUUUUAUACAAAAAUUGAUUGGAAUACCAUGGUUAAUUUAUUAAAUGAUAGUAAUCAUAAAGUUCAAAAAGAUGAAAAUAUAAAUAAACGAUAUAAAUCAACAGAAGUAAUUGGUAAAGGUAGUGGUAUGAUAAAUGAAAAUAUUAAUAAUAUAGAGGAAGAAAUGAUUGAAGAUAUUCCUGCAUUUUUA